AUGUUAAUUCAGAUAAUUGGUGGUGAACGAAGAGAGGCGGGAAAGCUGACAGACUUAAUGCCAGAUAAAUUGACUCUUAGGGAGGCUCAUGUACAUGUUGCAUCUUCUGUGACAGCCAAGACUGCUGCCAAAUACACUUCUGCUGGACAGCACACUGCCACUACUGUUCCCUCUGUGACAGUCAAGGCUCCUGUCAAUUCCCCUUUGAAUAAAGAGAGUGUUGUCACUACUGGAAGAGUCAAAGCUGUGACAGUGAAGGAUCCUGCUAAUUCUAAUGCUUGUACAGAGAAAGCUGUCACAACUGGAACAGACAAACUUAAGACUGUGAAAGUCAAGGAUCCUGCUAAUUCCCAUUCUUGUACAGAGAAAGCUGUCACAACUGGAACAGACAAACUUAAGACUGUGAAAGUCAAGGAUCCUGCUAAUUCCCAUUCUCGUACAGAGAAAGCUGUCACUACUGGAACAGUCAAGGAUGUGAAAGUGAAGGAUUCUACCAAUUCCCAUUCUUGUACAGAGAAAGCUGACACUACAGGAAAAGACAAGCUGGCUGUGAAAGUCAAGGAUUCCGCUAAUUCCAAAACUCAUACAGAGAAAGCUGUUACUACUGGAACAGACAAGGCUGUGAAAGUCAAGGAUCCUGCUAAUUCCCAUUCUUGUACAGAGAAAGCUGUCACUACUGGAAAAGACAAGACUGUGAAAGUGAAGGAUUCUACUAAUUCCAAUGCUCGUACAGAGAAAGCUGUCACUACUGGAACAGUCAAGGCUGUGAAAGUGAAGGAUUCUACUAAUUCCCAUUCUCGUACAGAGAAAGCUGUCACUACUGGAAAAGACAAGGCUGUGAAAGUCAAGGAUCCUGCUAAUUCCAAUGCUUGUACAGAGAAAGCUAUCACUACUGGAAAAGACAAGGCUGUGAAAGUCAAGGAUCCUGCUAAUUCCCAUUCUCGUACAGAGAAAGCUGUAACUACUGGAAAAGACAAGGCUGUGAAAGUGAAGGAUUCUACUAAUUCCAAUGCUCGUAUAGAGAAAGCUGUCACUACUGGAACAGUCAAGGCUGUGAAAGUGAAGAAUACUGCUAAUUCCCAUUCUCGUACAGAGAAAGCUGUAACUACUGGAAAAGACAAGGCUGUGAAAGUGAAGGAUUCUACUAAUUCCCAUUCUCGUACAGAGAAAGCUGUCACUACUGGAACAGUCAAGGCUGUGAAAGUCAAGGAUUCUACUAAUUCCCAUUCUCCUACAGAGAAUGAUGUCACUAUUGGUCCCUCUAAGACAGUCAAGACUCAUGCCAUGUACCCCUGUGAUGAACAGAGAGCUGUCAGUGAAAGGGGCCAGUCUGGGAAACGGAAGAGGCGACGCCGCCAUUUCACUCCUUCAAAAAGGCUAAAGUCUGCUUCGCUGACUCCAAUGGAGAUCGAUUGA